AAUCAGUGAAUGCACCAAGAUGAAAAUCGUUGUUUCACUAAGUCUAUUCGUUGGUCUUGCAUCUGCCACCUUUCCUACCAGACCCUAUAGUAAUUAUGGCGGAGGGUAUAUGCAAGCCUUACCUGCAAGAAUUACUUCCCUUACCAUGAGUUUUCCUCAAGGAAACCCCUUCAGGCCUGGUGAAAACUUCGUGGAUUUGGGAAGAACAGGUCCAUACUAUCUUGGAAAUCGACACAGAGGAUACACAAUUUACCCAACCCAUGGAAUCAGUCACGCGUACAACAGGAUGUUUGGUGGAGGAAACUUUGGCGGCGGACUUCUAGGAGGAAACAUGAGAGGAGGAUACCUGGGUGGAAAUCUAGGUGGUGGGUUUCUUGGAGGAAACUUAGGAGGUGGAUUUCCCGGAGGUAACUUAGGAGGUGGAUUUCCCGGAGGUAACUUAGGAGGUGGAUUUCCCGGCGGUAACUUAGGAGGUAGAUUUCUAGGAGGACAUUUUGGCGGUAGAUUCCAUGGUAAACGAAAAUGGUAAAAAGAAAAACAUGAUGGUUCCUUGUAUGUAUUUUGCAAUAUAUUGUAUGUUGGACUUUGUGAACAGUAAAAAAUUACGAAGACGUAUCCGUUGAUCAGUUUAUGAUUAAAUCCA